AUGAAGAUGGGUUAUCCAACAAUCAAACUGUCUUCAGGCAACGAAAUGCCCGUGCUAGGGCUUGGAACAUGGCUGUCUACAGAUGAGAGUCAACUGACUGCUGCUCUCAAAGCGGCUCUCGACUGUGGGUAUCGCUUGAUCGACACCGCAUUUGUUUACGAAAAUGAAGCCGUGAUCGGAAAAGUGCUGCACGAAUAUUUCACGAAUGGAAAACUCAAAAGAGAAGAUAUAUUUAUCACUUCAAAGGUAAGCUGUCUUUCAACUGUUACUUGGAAUAACCUUAAGUAGAA